ACUAGGGUUUAAGGGUUUUCUCCAUUGACGAAAUACAGAGGGAGUUAAGAGAGGAAGGAGAGAUGAGAGAAAUACAGCUACCGUUAAAUCAAACACAAAAAGUAAGAUUACAGAGAGCUCUGCAACAGCUUGAAUCUUUACAUGCCAAAGUCAAUUCCGAAGCUUCCGUCACCGUCGCCGAUACUAUCCCCAUUAACCUCGAGGACAGCAUUCUCAAGGGACAUGGAACCGCGGAGCGGGACGGUGAAAUGGUGGCGACGAUAUGUGGAGUUGUAGAGCGCGUUAACAUGCUCGUCUAUGUACGGUCUUUGCGCGCCAGAUAUAAGCCAGAGAUCGGGGAUAUCGUAGUGGCCCGUGUCCUUGAGGUUGCCCAAAAGCGAUGGAAAUUGGACAUAAAUUUCAACCAAGAUGCUGUGUUAAUGCUUUCUUCCAUGAACUUACCUGAUGGUAUUCAGAGACGGCGAACUGCUGUUGAUGAACUCAACAUGCGCAAUGUUUUCGAGGAGAAUGAUGUUAUUUGUGCUGAAGUUCGCAAUUUUCAGAAUGAUGGUAGUUUACAACUGCAAGCAAGAAGUCAGAAGUAUGGAAAGCUUGAGAAGGGUCAAUUGCUGACAGUCCCUCCUUAUCUUGUGAAAAGACAAAAACAGCAUUUCCAUCAUCUAGUACAAUAUGAUGUUGACUUAAUACUUGGAUGUAAUGGAUUUAUAUGGGUUGGUGAACAUGUUGAUGCCAGAGAUAUUGUGGCAGAAGAUCAAGUAAACAAUACUGAAGAACAAAAUACCAAAUCCAGUAGAGCUUCUGAAGAUGUACCUCUUGAGACAAGGCAGAACAUUUGCCGCAUUGCAAAUGCUAUCCGUGUAUUGUCAACUUUAGGCUUCAGUUUAACUUUAGAAGUGAUACUGGAGACUGUCAACUUGAGUAGCAUGUUGAAUCUUGGUAUAGAUGAAAUGCUUGGGUCAGAGUUCCAUGUUGUGGUAGCAGAAAAAGAGGCUGAACGCCGCAGUUUGUUGACAAAAAAGAAGAGAUGAUGUUGUUCAAUUUGUCAAGAGUUCUUGGAGUCGAGUUAUUCUCAUAUACUGAAAUGUCAUGUAUUGGCUGUCAUCUGGAGACUGCAGGUUAGCGCAAUUAACAGAAUUGCUCGUUCAGAAUCAUGGAAAUGUCCUUGGCAAUAUACUAUAUUUGCCCGGUCAUGUUUGAUUGCCAAGCAUUGCCUAUUGGCCCCUGUAAACCGCAGGGAAGGGAACAGUCUAACUAUGUAUGAAUUGGAGUAUCUUUUUAAAACUAUAAAUUUUCGAACCAGAGGUGAUUAAUUAUACUCAGAUUAAUAGCUAAA